UUCUCCAUUCGGCGGUCGAUCGGUACGGACGUGAGAGUGUAUUAGCUCCUUGUAGUGUAUUUAAUUAUUCGUUAAAACGCGAUUUAAAAUUGUGUUUUAAGUGUUUAAUUAAAGAAAAACAAAAGUUACGUAAACUAUGGCCGAUCAGGAGAACAAGGACUUCAGCGAAGAUAUCGCCGAUCAAAACUUCGAGCAGAACGGCGAAGCAGAGAACGGCGGCGGGGACGCCGCAGAAAAUGGCCAAGAAUCUCAGGAGGACAGGUCAACUGGUGGUAACCAGGAUUCUUUGAACGAUAGGAAAUUAUUUGUUGGUGGCCUAAGCUGGGAAACCACUGACAAGGAACUAAGGGAUCACUUUGGAACCUAUGGAGAUAUUGAAAGCAUCAAUGUUAAAACAGAUCCUAACACGGGGAGGUCACGGGGAUUCGCCUUCAUCGUAUUUGCAAAAGCGGAAUCACUAGACAAGAUUAUGUCAGCUGGUGAUCAUAUAAUUAAUAAUAAGAAGGUGGACCCCAAAAAAGCGAAAGCCAGACACGGCAAAAUAUUUGUUGGCGGUCUGUCCACAGAAUUAUCAGAUGAGGAUAUCAAAAAUUUCUUCUCUCAAUUUGGAACUAUUGUUGAUGUAGAGAUGCCAUUUGAUAAGACAAAGAACCAGAGGAAAGGGUUCUGCUUUAUUACCUUCGAGUCAGAACAAGUAGUAAAUGAAUUAUUAAAAACACCUAAACAAACGAUCAAUGGCAAAGAGGUAGACGUGAAGAAAGCAACACCUAAACCAGACGGAAUGGGAGGCAUGCGGGGCGGAGCUGGCGGUCGUGGCGGACGAGGCGGAAGGGGAGGUAGAGGACGCGGUUUUGGCGGUCAAGGUGGAUGGGGCCAAGGUGGAUACGGCGGCGGCUACGGCGGGGGUUACGGCCAAGGCGGUUAUGGCGGUGGCUAUGACGGAUACGGAGGAGGCUACGAUUAUUACGGCGGUGGGUACGGCGGCUAUGGUGGUUACGACUACAGUGGAUACGACGGCUAUGGCUAUGGCGGUGGUAGUUACGAUGGUGGCUACAGUGGUGGGCGCGGUGGUGCACGCGGUAAAGGUUUCCUGUCUUACAACAAAUCUCAUAACUCGUUAAAUCAUCAUUCCAUUAAACAACGCCACCUUCAGCAAGAUUUUCAACAACGCAGACAACUGCCGCAAAAUAAAAUGAAUCAUCAGGAGUCACGACAAAAAUCGUAAUAGCUUCACCAUUUUGCGUCUAGCAAUACAUCUGUAUUAUUGAGACAAGAAAAAGGAAAAAAAAAAUGAAAACGUGUGUGUGUAUAUACAUAUAUGUUUGUACCGCAUAUACAUACAUAUGGUUGUUGGUACACACAUACAUAUAUAUAUAUAUUAUAUAUAUAGAUACACAAUGCUUUCCCCCCAUCUCUCGUUUACCCUUUUGUACAAAGCGAAAAAUACUUCAUAUUUUUCAUUGGUCUUACUUUCACUCUUCAUCUUAUUUAUCAUCAAUUUUUUUUACCGAUAGCGUGUGCACGUUACCGUCGUUCAACGUGAGGCAGGAUAUUCGUGUCGUGGUACGUUUGCAAAAACAAAUAACGUUGUGUGCUAACAAAUAACGAAUGUGGCGCAAUGUCAAUUUCCAAACGUAUUUAGACGAAAUAGAAAACCCGAUGGUCACGCCUUGCGGUGAGAGACACCCGUAACGAGGUGAAUAUUUUUGUGCAAAUGGGAAAGCAAAAGAUGAUAGGAAAUAAUUUAAAUACAGAUAUAUUAGGAUGAAUCAAGUUUCUUAUUCACCAUUCGGGACUGUUUGGGGAACAACCAGGUCCCUAUUUUUAACAAUAAGAUUAUUUUAAUUUGUCUAUAAAAAGUAAACUUAAAUAAGAUGAAACCCACUGUAGAAAAGUAAGCAGGCAAUGUACUUUUUACACGGCUACGUUAAGAGACAAAAAUGAGAAGUACCAAGUUGUUUAUAAUGAUUGUGUGAGGUAUGAUAUGAGGUAAAAAGAUUAUUGCUUCCUUAUUGGUAAGAGAAAUAGGAUAAAAUAAAUUCAUUUUGUGUACAUAAUA